GACCUCACUUCGGCGCUGAUCCGCGGCGGCAGCCUGCAGCUGCAGCAACCUGAGAAGCCUCCGGCGCGGCUCUUGUCUGGGGAGCGAGCUCCGAUACUGCCGGCCGUGGAGCUGUCCUUUCACCCGCAGAUCUGCAAGCCAGGGAAACUGGAGGCGGGCUACUCGGAACACCUUCGGGAGCGCGUGGCGCAGAGUCGGCUCCUAGAUGAUGAGCUGAAGGCCGAUUGCCUGGAGCGCUUGGUGGGCGUGGCGCAGCGCGCUCCCAGGGUGCGUCGCCUGUCCUGGUCGCAACAGAUUGCAGAAGAGGAGGUCCCCGAAAGCGACGAGGAGGCACCCCAUGUUUUGUCGGAAGAUGUCCAGGUGGGAUUCCAAUAA